AUGGGUGUAGCGGACACGGAGAGGGAGGUCAUCUCCCCCGUGCGCAUGGCCGCCGACAUCGUGGCCGCGCACUGGCUCGCCAUCUUCGCCGGCCUCUUCGUCCUACGGCUGCUCUACAGGCGCUAUGCCACGCCGCUCAGGCAGUACCCGGGCCCGUGGCUGGCCUCGGUCUCGCGCCUCUGGAAGUUCUGGUCCGUCUGGACCAUGCGCACAAACUACAACGAGAUCGAGCUGCACAAGAAGUACGGCCGCAUCGUGCGCAUCGCGCCCAACGAGGUCUCCAUCUCGUCGCCCGAGGCGGCGCGCACGCUGCUCAGCGCCGGCAAGCGCUUCUACAAGACCGACUUCUACGGCGUCUUCCCGCCGCCCGAGAACCCGGACAUCUUCACCGAGGUGCGCGAGCACGUGCACGCGCAGAAGAAGAAGGUGGCCAACGUGCCCUACAGCAUGGCGGCCAUGCAGCAGCUGAGCCCCUUCAUCGACGACACCAUCGACCUGUUCAUGCAGCGGCUCAACGACCAGGCCGAGGCCCGCCCGACGCGCGGCCCCGCCGAGGUCGACCUGGGCAACUGGCUGCACUGGUUCGCCUUCGACGUGCUGGGCGAGGUCGCCUUCAGCCGCAACUUCGGCUUCCUCAAGGAGGGGCGCGACGUCGACGGCGCCAUCAAGACCAUCGACGACUCGCAGCGGUACAACGGCCUGAUCGGCCAGGUCCCCGAGCUGGACCACGUCCUGCGGCGUAACCCGCUGUGGAAGCUGAUCCCGGCGCUCGACACCAAGAACGCGCUCAUCACGCGCAUGGCCCUCGAGGAGAUGGGCCGCCGCAAGCCCUUCGACAAGGAGAGCGAGGGCAAGUGGCGCGGCGGCGACGGCCGGCAGGACCUGCUGGCCAGUCUGAUCAAGGGCCACCUCAAGGACCCGGAGAAGUUUGGCGAGGGCGACGUCUUUGCCGUUGCCCACGGCGCCAUCUUCGCCGGCUCCGACUCGACCGCCUCGACCAUGCAGUCCUUCUUCUGGCACGUCCUCAACGACGAGCGCGUGCACAAGAAGCUCGUCGCCGAGAUCGAGGCCGCCGUGGCCGACGGCACCCUGCCGGCCGAGGGCAACGUCAGCUGGGCGCAGGCGCAGUCCCUGCCCUACUUCCAGGCCUGCAUGAAGGAGGGCAUGCGCGUGCGGCCCGCCGUGGGCCUCGCCAUCACGCGCGUCGUCCCGCCCGAGGGCGCCGAGAUCGACGGCAAGAUGUUCCCCGGCGGCACGCGCGUCGCCGUCAACGGCUGGGUGCUGCACCGCGACCGGGCCACCUUUGGCGAGGACGCCGACGUGUACCGGCCCGAGCGGUGGACCGAGGACGAGGAGGAGGCGCGGCGGAUGGAGAGGUACAUGUUCCAGUUUGGCGGCGGCGCACACGUCUGCAUCGGGCGCAACCUGGCGCUGCUCGAGAUCAACAAGGUGUGCCCUCGUCUGCUGCGGGACUACCGCCUGCAGAUCAUGCACCCGGGCCGGCCGCUCGAGGCCAAGGCCACCUUCUUCAACGUGCAGGAGGGCCUGGAGGUGUACCUCGAGAGGAAGACGGCGUGA